UUCACCAUGUCCUUUGUGAUAAGAUCCUUCUUCUUCUUCUUCUUCUUCUUCUUGUGAUUUCCUUAGAAUUUUUCACAGAGCUUUGUUGAGCUAAUGGUCAUGGGGAACGGGGAUAAGAGGAAGCAUGCCGAGCUUCAAGCACGACGAGCUUGACUUCUCGUUCGAUCAGUCCAGCAUGAACAACGGAUUCAGUCUCAGAGAUGAAGCUCAGAGCUUGUUAAAUUCCAGCUCUUUGGAUGACAAGCUUUCCGGCAGGGAGUCGCCGGACCGGUACCCGGACGUCUUCAACGACAUAGUACUCAACUACAUCAACAGGAUGCUGAUGGAGGAGGACAUGGAUGAGAAGCUGGACAUAUAUCAUGAGCCAUCAGCGCUGCAAGCUGCUGAGAAAUCUCUCUAUGAUGUGCUCGGUGAGAAGUACCCACCGUCGCCGGACCAGCCACCUUUGUACACGGAUUCAGAGAGUCCUGGUACUGAUAACUCUGGUAAUCCUUAUAGUAGUAGUCAUAGCUCGUUCCAGUCCUCCUCCUCCUCCUCCUUCAGCUCUUCGAAUAGCUUCAGUAAUGUCACUCAGGGGUUGGAGGAGUCGUUGCUGAACAUGGGAUGGGUGCCUGAUAUCUCCAUGGAUAGUUUUAGAAAGGGUGUUGAAGAAGCACGCAAGUUCCUCCCUAGUGAUGAUCAGUUGGUCAUCACUCUUGAGAAUAGUACUGGCUUUGUUUCAUCUUCUUCUUCUUCUUCGUCACCUCCUUCUGUGAAUCAGGUUAAAGCAGAGGAAAAAUAUGGGUCUAGAGGAAGGAAGAACCCUCACAGUGAUGAUUCAGACCCUGAAGAUCAAAGAAGCAACAAGCAAUCCGCUGUUUUUUAUGAAGAAGAGACUGUCCGCACGCCCAUGUUCGAUGAUGUCCUGCUCUGCAAGUUCAACUGCGUGGCACAAACGCAAGCUCUGCGCGCGGCGGUCGAGCGAGAGGCGAGCAAAGGUGUCGUGCAAGAUGAGAAACAGAGCAAGAAGACACGAGGAAAGAAGCAGACGAAGAAGGAGGUGGUGGACUUGAGAACUCUUCUCAUUCACUGUGCUCAGGCUGUGUCUGCUGAUGACCGGAGAAACGCUGGUGAGUUAUUGAAGCAAAUCCGGCAGCACUCGUCGCCUCACGGUGACGGCACGCAGAGACUUGCGCAUUGUUUUGCUAAUGGUCUUGAAGCUCGCAUGGCCGGAACUGGCAGCAAGAUCUACAACAACUUCAUGUCUCAAAGAAGGUCUGCUUCUGAUGUUCUUAGAGCUUACCAACUUUAUCUUUCUGCUUGUCCAUUUAAGAGAAUCAGUCAUUUCAUGGCCAACCGAACUAUCUUGGAUUUGGCUGAGAAUCAACAAAGGCUUCACAUUGUUGAUUUUGGUAUUUACUAUGGAUUCCAGUGGCCGUGCUUCAUGCAAACAUUGGCAAACCGGCCUGGAGGUCCACCCAAGCUUCGCAUCACCGGCAUUGAACUUCCUCGGCCGGGCUUCCGCCCGGCCGAGUUAGUGGAAGAAACAGGGCAUCGCUUGACUGACUAUGCCCGGAGUUUCAACAUUCCCUUUGAGUACAACCACAUCGCGGCCAAGUGGGAGACAAUCAGGUUAGAAGAUAUAAAGAUAGAGAAAGAUGAGCUGCUCGUCGUUAACUGUUUGUAUCGUAUGAAGAGUCUCGCCGAUGAGACGGUGGCUGCUGAUAGUCCAAGAGACAUGGUCCUCAACCUGAUAAGAAGAAUGAAUCCUGAUUUAUUCAUCCAAGCAAUCACCAAUGGCACUUACAAUGCUCCAUUCUUUGUGACACGGUUCAGAGAAGCUCUGUUUCACUUCUCUGCAUUGUUUGACAUGCUGGAAAACAAUGUGCCUAGGGAGGACACACAGAGGUUUCUGAUUGAAAGAGAUCUCUUUGGACGUGAUGCUCUUAAUGUCAUAGCUUGUGAAGGGUUGGAAAGAGUGGAGAGGCCGGAGACUUACAAACAGUGGCAGGCCAGGAACCUUAGAGCAGGAUUUGAGCAGCUCCCUCUCAAACCCGAGUUGGUAAGGCAUGCAGUGAGCAAGGUGAGGACUGUUUAUCAUAAAGAUUUCAUCAUCGAUGAAGAUAGUAAAUGGUUGCUCCAAGGCUGGAAGGGACGUAUCACCUAUGCAAUCUCCAUGUGGAAGCCUCAAUCCUAUUAAUAAUCAGUAAACUAAUAUAUAUAUAUAUAUAUAUAUAUAUAUAUAGUUCUAGCAUAUGAGUUCAUGAUGGAGCUCUGUUUUCCCUCAUGAUCUUGGGAUGUAUACUCCAUCAUGGGCUUUCUUCUUUUUCUUCUUCACUUGAUGUUUUGAUAUGUGGAAUUGAUGAUAGUAUUAUUGUAGUUAUUAGAACUUGAUUUCACAGCUCAAACACAUAUCAGUUUAAUGAGCAGAGCAUGCAGUACUGUUAGCUAGAAGUUUGUGUUAUGUUUGUAUAUUGGAUUUGCUUCUGAUGUAAUUAGCUAGUUGCUAAAUCAGAUUGUGUUGAAAUAUUUGAUGGAA